AUGGACAGAUACUGGGCGGCGCCGCCCGUCAGCAGAACGCUGACAGCAGCUACAUUUGUCCAGUCCGUCCUGGUUCAUGGAGGUUUUCUGAAUGGCAUGCAUGUUGUCUUCCUUUUACACAGGAUACUUCAGAUCCCGCCACAGCUAUGGAGGCUUGUGACGCCGUUUUUCCUGACUGGAGGAGGCCUUAGCUUCUUCCUGGACCUUUACUUUUUAUAUCAAUACGCCAGCGAUAUCGAGGUUAAUUCGCCUCGUUUCUCUGGACCGGGUGACUUUGUCACCUAUGUGAUAUUCGUAGCUAUUUUCAUUUUGUUAACCGCAGGAUUGUACUUGCAAUCCUUCGUCUUCCUCGGAGCUUUAUCUCUCGCUUUUCUCACCACCCUAGCUCACGAUAACGCAGGCAAGAAGAUGCCUUUCAUUAUUAUCAUGAUUCCGGCGGAAUACCUCCCUUUCGCCAGCUUGAUUGCGACCCUUGUCCUCUCCGGACAGCACGCCGCAAUUACCCAAGCGUGUGGUCUCCUGGCAGCCCAUCUUUACGAGUUUUUAACUCGCAUCUAUCCUAACUUUGGUGGAGGCACCAACUACAUCCAGACACCCCGCUUCAUUCAAAAGCUUUUUGCUCCUGAUGGUAACUUCGUCAAGGCACAUGGUGGCUAUCGCAUGCAGCGCCCAGCUGAAGGUGAUAGCUCGGACUCAAGAGGCACUGGCCAAUCCACUGGAAGCUGGUUUUCAGGCUUGGGAGGCGGCUCAUGGAAAGGUAGAGGAGCUGGCAGGAAGCUGGGCACUGGUUGA